ACAACUUUUUCAUGAAUCAAUUUUGAGCAUUAUGUUUACAACGUAGUUAUUAUAGCACGAAUUAUGAGUCUAAAAUGCCAAAUACUUGCAACUAUUAUGUUAAUCACUGAAAUCUUAGUGUACUAAUUGCUCGCUAUAAGCUAGGUUAUUGCGCCCCUAAACCAACGUACUGACAACGCUACCUCCCCGGAACUCAAACUUUAACGCUUAUUGUAUUCCAAAGAUGGCAGUCCUCGGCGUGCAGCUUGUCCUGACCAUGGUGAUGGCAAGUUUCUUACAGAAACUCUCUCCUCAUUUUUCAUUUGCUCGUUGGUUGUUGUGCAACCAUCUCGUUCGAUACUUGCAUCCAACUGACGAGGAGUUGAAAACUGCUGCUGGUGUACCACAGUCAUAUGGAAAACAAAAUAAAAAUCGCAGGGACAGGCGGCAUGAGAACGAACCACAAGUUAAGAUUGAUACCUUCUCCGUACCCAAGAACAUCGACAUCAAAUUAGAAUGCACGAAAGUCUCUCCCAUUGACCUACUGCCCUUGCAGUUCUAUGCUGAGUUCCAAUGGUUGGUUGACUUCUCGGUUUGUGCACUGUUUGUUUAUUCCCUGACGGAGAUCUACCUGGCGUGGUUCCCAUACUACCAAGAGUUUAACCUGAGUGUACUCUGGUGUCUCUUGAUUGUUGUGUUUGCACUCAAGUGUCUGUUCUCUUUGACUGCCAUGUACUUUCGUAUUGAGGACUCCGGCGAGAAGAUCCUGUGUGUAACAUUCACAUUCUUCUUCUUAACUUUGAGCAUGGGGACCCUCAUAACGAGUGAAGAUAUCUUGGAGUUUGGACUUGAACCUGCCCAUGCUACAUUCAAAGACAAUGCUCAGAAGUUUCUGAAUGACCGUGGAAUGAAUACACAUGGACCAGCUUCAUUGACAACAUUCAAGUUAAUUCUAGCCGUAGUGAGUGCUGUCUUGGGUGGCUUCUUGACCUUCCCGGGAUUACGAUUGGCCAAGAUGCACACUGAUGCUUUGAAAUAUUGUAAGGAGAAUCCAUUCUUGCAAAUGAUCCUGCACAUUAACUUCUGUUAUCCUGCUAUCAUCUGUGCGAUGUGGUGCAAACCAUGGGUGAAGAAUUUCCUCACUGCUACACGUAGUGGUGACCGUCCAGCACUUGUCACAGAAGAGGAAUUUGACACAAUACGAGUGUUAUUAAUUCUCGGUCUCUGCUUGUUGAGAGUUGUACUCGCUACGACCCAUUUCCAGGCUCACCUGAACAUGGCUCAUGAAAGAAUGACAGAUAUGAGGAAGGAAUCCGGGCGUAUAAGUAACAUAGAUGUGAAGAAGCUUAUAGCUCGGGUAUAUUAUUACCUCUGUGUGGUAGCUUUACAAUACUUGGCCCCCGUCCUACUUCUACUGUUCAGUGUGUGUUGUCUAAAAACACUCGGUGGUAUGUCUUGGUGCAGCUUUCUUGAUAUCCCCUUCCCAGUGGCACCAGAGGUCGUGGAAGUGGUAAAUGCGACUGCCAGCAAUAGUAGUUCCAGUAGUGAAACUGUUGCUUACUUCACCAUGUCGUUGACACAGUUACGCAACGUGUUCACUCCUGUGUGGUACCAGGGCAUAUUUUCGUACAUCUGCUGGUGGAUCUGUUCAUGCUGGUUCAUCACAAGUGUCUUUGGUCUUGUCUAUUAUCAGUAUUUCAAACGUUAACCCUCACCUUCGGAAAUGCCUCUUUUCUAAGAAUAUAACUGUAAAAUCACUUUCUUUUGCAAGGUGGCUACAUGUAGUAAUGUACCUGCAUCUUUUUGCCUUCUUUGACUCCUGUAAGAACAAUGGAUAAUACACAUUGAUGUCUUGAAACAGACCAUCGAUGGUCACUCCCGCCAAAGAUAGUGAUUUUACCAAGUCAUCUUUUCCUAUUUGUAUUUGACUGAUAUAAGGACUUUGGUUAUAUUUAUCAAAGUGCCUUAGAGUAGACUAGACCUGGACUUGUGUUAAUUUCCCAAUCAGUAAUUCAUAGAGUGGUUGGUGUCAAGUUUUAGUGACGAUUCCCUGCAUGUGUGUGUUCCCCGUGUGUGAUUACAUUAUCAAUAAGUUGACACAGAGAUGUGCAUUUCAAACCUUGACUGCCAGAUUGAUGUACAUGUACGGAACAUCUUCUUAAAAGUACUGGAAAAACCAUCUAUUGUAAACCAGUUUAUGUCGUAUGGACUAUUUGAGCACUAUUUCAUAGCAUGUCUUGGGUGCCAGGUUGUCAUGCUUCGAAUUAAUACUACGUAGAUAGGUUGUGUCUGUGCUUGUUUUCAAGAUGUAGUACCCGUCUUUGUCAUCCAGUUGUUGUGUAUGUCUAAAGAUGGUUUUAUUAUACUUAUCAAUAAAUUUUUAUGGUU